AUGCUAGCCAAGGAAUCAAGACGACUCAACACGUUUAUCACACCCUGGGGACAGUAUUAUUUCAGCGUACUCCCAUAUAGUAUCAGCUCAGAGUCAGAAAAGUUCCAGAAGAGCAUGAGCCAAAUUCUAGAGGUGCUAGAAGGAGUCCAGUGCAACAUUGAUGAUGUAUUAAAGCACGCACCAACUCAGAGUCAACACGACGCCACAUUCAAUAAAGUUCUACAAAGACUUUCCACUGCAAGUCUAACCCUCAAUGCAGCAAAAUGUGAAUUCAACAUGACAACAAUCAAGUUCUUGGGUCACAUCAUUAGUACGCAAGGAAUACAACCAGAUCCCAACAAAGUAUCUGCUGUAGUAGACAUGCUGCCACCAAAGAAUGUUCAUGAAUCUUACAUCACUAUGGAGUCACAUGAUGCGCAUGCACAAUACCAAUCAGUGCAGGCACCUUUGCCAAAGACAAUGAUUGAACCUACCAACUAUAGCGAUGCCCACGAGGUCGCUGCUGAAACUUCCAGUGGAAAUUCUCACGGUGAGGAUAAUAUCACAAACAAAGACUUGGCUAAAAUGCUCCAGUCCAUGAAUGAAAAUAUGUGCCAAAUUGCAGAAAUCUUACUCGAAAUGAAACAAAACAACCCCAGCGGGGUAUCUGGUAAAGCAACAUUGUUGUCGAAGCUACGAAAACCAGAUCCGGCGAUGAAAACCAGAUCAGAUGAGUGA